AUGACCCAACUCAACCAAGGCAUUCAAGUCUCAAAUACCCCUUCCGUCGUCAAUGACGCCACAGCGGACACCGCAAUGCUCUUGCUUCUGGCGGCAUUGCGCCGUGCUUGGAUUCCGCAACGCUCAUUACGUCAAGGCUUCUGGGAUGCCAAUAGACCGCUUGGCCGCGAUUGUAGGGGCAUGCUUUUGGGGAUCCUUGGUAUGGGCGGCAUAGGCCUGGCAGUGGCGAGACGCGCAGCUGGAUUCGGUUUUCGGUUGCAGUAUCAUAACAGAUCCCCGGCACGAAACUCCGACAUCGACGUACUGGAUUUGAGCCCGGAGCAGAGACCGAAAUUCGUCAGCCUAGAGGAGCUGUUCCGAGCUAGCGAUGCGAUCUCUAUACACUUGCCUCUCUAUCCGGAGACGACAGGGUUCAUUGGAUACGAAGAGAUCAAGAAGAUGAAAGACGGCGUGGUUAUUGUCAAUACAGCUCGAGGCUCGAUUCUAAACGAAGAUGCUCUCGUCGAGGGCUUGAAAAGUGGAAAAGUCUGGAGCGCCGGGCUAGACGUCUUCGAAAACGAGCCAUUGGUCCAUGAGGGUCUCAGACAGAAUGAAAACGUGGUGCUGUUCCCACAUAUAGGGACUGCAACAAUCGAUACGCGUCACCGGAUGGAGAAACUCAUGCUUGAUAAUGUCCAUAGUGCGUUGAAGCUAGGGCGUCUGUUGACGCCAGUACCUCAAUGA